GCUAGUUGAACGUUGAACGUCGAGCACCAGGUUUGCAACUUAUAAGUCGUGCAAAUAUUGGCUCAGCGAGGUUCAAGCCAAAACAAACAUGGGGUUCCUCAGCGGGCUAUCCGCUGUGCUCGCAUUUCGCACACUUCCGACCACUAUCCUCAUAACGGUCAUUUAUGCGGCAGUCUUCAGCACCUUGCUAAUAACCGACCAGCUCCCUUCUGUGCCCAAGCAUACACGAGGCUUGGAUUUUCAGCAGGCAUACAGAGACUUGCACGAGGUGGCCGCUCGUCCGCAUCCUUUCAACUCGCAUGCCAAUGUUCUAGUUCGUUCUUACAUCUUAAACCGCGUGAAGGACAUCGCUUCUUCCUACGACCAUGUCUCCGUGGAUUUCGACCUUUCUUCAAAUGCGUCUUGGGCUUCAGGACUCCUCUCCACCAACCCUUACGCAGUAUAUUACGAGUCUGACAACGUAUUGGUCAAGGUCGAGGGGAGUGAUGAGGAGUAUCAAGAGUUGGGCGGGCUUUUACUCAGUGCACACUGGGACUCUGUCAGUACCGCUCCUGGAGCGACGGAUGAUGGUAUGGGCGUGGUGACGUUGUUGAGCAUGGUGAAGUACUUUGCGGAGAACAGGCCUAGCCGGACGGUGGUGUUCAACAUCAACAAUGGCGAAGAGGACGGCUUGAAUGGAGCACAUGUUUUCAUGGAGCAUCCGUGGGUCAAUAGCACUGAUACCUUCCUGAACCUUGAAGGUGCUGCGGCAGGAGGACGGCCACUACUUUUUCGAACGACUUCUCGCGCUCCUCUGGCGUCCUGGAGCACUUCUCGUCCUCACGCAAAUGUCAUCACUGGCGAUGCGUUUUCGCGUGGUGUUAUCCGCAGUGGUACAGACUACUCGGUUUAUGAACAAGCCGGACUCAAGGGGCUAGACUUUGCUUUCUACCGUGGGAGGAGCAGGUAUCAUACGAAGUACGACUCUAUCCCUGGUAUGUCUAGUGACAAGAGCAAAAACGCGUUGUGGGCAAUGAUGGAGGGAACGCUGUCCUCGAGUCUCGUGCUUGCAAACGAUGUCAAGGGAAAAACGAGGGCCGAGUCCGUUGGACAAGGAAGUGAGCCAGUAUAUUUCGACCUCUUUGGUGCCGUUAUGAUCGUUUUCACAUUCCAAACUUUGCAGAUCGUGAACAUCAUCCUCCUUACCGUCGGGCCCGUCAUUCUCCUGAUGUUGGUCUACUUCGAGCAUAUCAUCAGGGUCACGUCUCGUAUUCGUUCUGGAUACUAUCGCACUGCAAAUGGUGAUACACACCGCGAGAGCUUUGUGGCGCGUGCAUCGGCGAAAAUAACACAUUUCCUUAAAGACUUUUGGGUCUGGUCCAAAUUCUGGAUUGCUUUGUUGCUCGGUGUUGGUUUCCAGGGACUUUUAGUGGUAGGAUAUGCGAAGCUGAAUUCAUUCGUCAUUCACACUCAUCCUUGGCUUGUGUUUGUGUCUGCAUUAUCGCUGGCUUAUCUCACAACAGUUCUCGCUCUCACCUUCCCACUGACGAAGCAUGGCGUUGUCCCUGCUCCGGAACAGCAAAAGCUGUCUAUCCUUCUCCAUCAGUAUGUUCUGACGUGGGUGCUGCUCGUAUACACAACAUCAGCUGUCGCGCUUGGAGGAACAUAUUUCAUAACUGCUUGGAACGCGGUGGUUCUCCUUGGAGCCAUACUUGCAUGUGUGGAAGGCAUGGCUGGUGCUCGAGGAUACGAAGAUGAAGAAGAGAUUGGAAGGCAAAGGCGUCAGGUGCGAGGUGUGCACUACGAUGCCGUGGAUACUGCCGAGAAUGGCCACCAUGACUCCGAGAACGGCGACCAGCGCGUGGGCGUCAUUGAGGAAACUGAGCCGACAGAGAUUACACCUCUCAUCGCUCAGCAUGGCCAACCCACGCCAUCAGGUGAAGAGCAGGGCGCUAUUGGCUGGUGGAUUGCCCAGCUUUUGGUUGUUGUUCCGCUGCCCGUUAUCCUAGUGUCUCAUAUCGCGGUCAUUUUGCUCCUUGCAAUGAACCAGACGCUCACAGAUGGAGCCAGUCCUUCAGGUGUUUAUGCAGCAGUCUCGAUGCUGGCGUUACUUAUUGUCCUUCCCCUUGCACCAUUCAGUAUGAACAUGCAUCGCUGGCUCAACAGUACCAUUCUCAUCAUCUUUAUCCUGUCGACACUCUACACCUACCUUGCAUUCCCAUUCUCACAAGAAACACCGCUCAAGGUCUAUUUCGCUCAAAGUGUGGACCUAGACACGUCUCGCGUGGUUACUGCACUAACUGGGCCUCGUCAAUUCCUGUCGACCGCGAUCAUCCCCCGAUUCCCAUCUGCAUUUGACCAACCCGUCAAUUGUACAAAUGCGCCAGACAAGCUCGGCCUGCAAACUUGUAAGUGGGAGGUUGGGGAUGCGUUUGUGCCCUCUCCGGGUAGAAACAAGCAUCAUUAUGGACAGGGUCCUACGUCCUCCCUGGAGAAGUGGGUGACAACAUCCAUCAAGCGUACGGGAUCGAACAGCGCGCGUAUCAAAGUACAAGGAUUGAAUACUCGAAGCUGCACUCUCGAAUUCUCAGGCAAACGCGUAAAAAGGUUCAGUCUUUCUGGUGACGGCGGAAAAGGUCUGCAAGGAGGCUCUGAGGUACCUGAAGACGGGCUCGAACAAAUACGACUAUGGAGUCGGGAUUGGGAGAAGGAGUUUGAAGUGGACGUUGAUUUUGCUGGAAGCGAGGAUGAGAAGGCUACGGGACGCGUGAGCUGUGGUUGGGCAGAGUAUGAAAGUGCUACGGUUGGUGGGGGGCGUACUGGGGGCAAGAUUCCGUCGUUGGAGGAGGUGCUCCUUUUCUUGCCGGAGUGGGCAGUCGUUACUAAGAGCUCGGCCGCACUAUUUGACGCUGGAUGGGAGUUUGAGGUUUGAAUAUGCAGAAUCUAUUGAAUUUGAAUUUACAUAAACCUAAUCGGGCUUAACGUCCUUUGGCCGUC